AUGUCAGACCUAGACAAGCAGAUAGAGCAGCUUAAACGCUGCGAACCAUUGAAGGAAUCGGAAGUGAAGGCUCUUUGCCUUAAAGCUAUCGAAAUUCUCGUUGAAGAGAGCAAUGUUCAAAGAGUCGAUGCUCCUGUCACUAUAUGUGGUGACAUACAUGGACAGUUCUAUGACAUGAAAGAGCUAUUCAAAGUCGGGGGUGAUUGCCCUAAGACGAAUUAUUUAUUUCUUGGAGAUUUUGUUGAUCGAGGUUUUUAUUCAGUUGAGACAUUUCUUCUUCUUCUAGCUCUCAAGGUUAGAUAUCCAGACCGUAUCACUCUCAUUAGAGGGAACCACGAGAGCCGCCAAAUUACUCAGGUAUAUGGGUUUUAUGACGAGUGUCUGCGUAAAUAUGGCUCUGUAAAUGUCUGGAGACACUGCACAGAUAUCUUUGACUACUUGAGUCUUUCAGCUCUUGUCGAGAACAAGAUAUUUUGUGUUCAUGGAGGUCUCUCUCCAGCUAUUAUGACUCUAGACCAGAUCAGGACGAUUGAUAGAAAGCAAGAAGUACCACAUGACGGUGCCAUGUGUGAUCUUCUAUGGUCUGAUCCAGAAGAUAUUGUAGAUGGAUGGGGAUUGAGUCCUCGCGGUGCCGGAUUCCUUUUCGGUGGCAGUGUUUCAAUAGUCACAGUUUGGUCUGCUCCAAAUUACUGCUAUAGAUGUGGUAAUGUAGCCGCAAUUCUAGAGCUCGAUGAGAAUCUAAACAAGGAGUUUCGAGUCUUUGAUGCUGCCAAACAAGAAUCUAGAGCAGCUCCGACCAAGAAACCUGCACCUGAUUAUUUCUUGUGA